UUCACUUAAGAUAUUAAUUGACAUACCAAAUUUGUCCACUUUGGAUGCUCUAACGGAUGCAGUUGAUAAAACUGCGAUAUCUACAGUUGGCGCAGAGCUACAGGUUCGUAGCUCUCGUAGUUCUGUAUUUUUGUAACUCAAUUAUUUUAGGAUGUCUUCAAAAAUUCAGGCCUUAACAAAUGUUCCCAUUCUAACAGGUACUAGAAUUUAACUAGAAAACGUUUUUUUUUUUUUGCUUUUCGCGUGUCUUUGAGUAGGCGGCAUCGCAGUUAGCUCCGAGGUAAGGUUUCCUCUUAAAUUGGGGCAGGAAUUAUUUCCUUACAGGAGCUGCUCCUGUCGAAGCACUAUAAAGACAGGGCAGUGUUAGAAGAGUUGAUGAAAUUUCGCUAAUUUCUCUUCUGUUCAUUCCAGCGUAACGAACGCGGGCGCCAUUGAACAGGUGAGUCUAAUGUAGUACACACUAAACAAUUUCUCACCCUUAAGGGUGUAAAAAAGGGUGUUCAACAGAUUUACACCCUACUGCACACCCUUCCAGCACCCUGUUUGGGCGGGAGCACCCUACGAGCAUGCCGCAAGGGGUGCAUUUACCGGAAGGGUGUAAACGAGGGUGCCAGAAGGGUGCUAUAACUAAUGGGUGCUGAAGUGCUGAUAAGGGUGUACAGUAGGGAACAAAAUUUUGUGGCCCAUGUGAUCAGCAAACGAAGCGGAUAGCUUUUAGAGGUCGCCCGGUUAGCCACCGCGGCCUCACCAGGAGCCUUGCCAACGUAGCGAUCGGCUGAGUGGCGGUAGCGUCUGGCCGAGGUGCAGGUCUAGAAGGUAUGGUGCGCAAGCUCAUUAUACUGUCGGCUGUGUACGGCACUUGGGGAGCUGAAAGAGCAGCAUUUUGGACUUUCCACAUUUGUGCGGCCUCCAGCCAGCGCUUAAUAAAGCUAUCAGCUUCGUUCGCGGAACACGUGGCCCACAAACUUUUGUCUUCGACUGUACAUGUAGUGUAGUAUAUUUGUUAAUGUACACAGGAUACAAAGAAAGAUUUAAACUAACAAGGCCACGGGAACACAAUAAGGCUUUUGUGCAGGACAAAUAUUUAUUUUUCUUGCAAAAUACGAGUUUAUGUCACUUCUUACCUUCAAGAAUGCAUUGUAAUUAUAUAUGCAUAUAUACGUAACGGUUUCAACGCAAAAAGCAGCACAGGUUCACUGUUUCACAUCGUUUACAUUUGUUAUGUUCCUUCGAAGUCGGUACUGCUCGCAUCCUCUUAGCCUUGCAAGCUUGCCUGCGCAGUUUGGGCCUUAGAACAGCGACGACACAGACCGAGCACAACGCCCCAACCCAUGCGCGCCAUUCCAGAACAUGAACACAAUAAAAAGAAAUAAAAAGGAGAACCAACAGAACACAGAGUUUCCGACAGAGCAGUAACAACUAAUGGCAGGUCUUCUGCUUUUAGAGUUAGACUAUUACCAAUAAUUUAUUAUUACGCGUUUCCGAAUAAUAAUUUUACUUAGUGAUUAUGAGUUUCUUUUUGCUUUUGAUUGCUUCACUGUAGCGAUUGUUAUCUUUUCACGCACUGCAGUAGGUGCUGAACAUGGUCAGGUUUAAUACCAUUGCUGGCAACAAGGGUGAAGCUUCAGGCUCUCAUUCUCUGAGUAAAAACGCAAAGGACUAACGCAAACCGUACCCUAAAGUGUCAGUAAUUUUUUCAAUAUCUAAAUUGUCGCGCCAUCUAUGGGCAGCUUUGUAUACUGCAUUUUAUAAGGCAAUAGGCAAAAAAAUUAGCGUGGCUGUGCGCUGUUCUUGCUACCAGUCGGCGCAAAAUAUCUGUUUCUAAAUAGUUUGAAGUUUAUUUAGACUAUGGCAUUUCUGCGGCAUGCUGUAAUGACAAAUUUCGCAACUGUCUCUUGUUCUGACAUGGUUACUUUGUGCGGUUUGCCGCGUAAUUCUCACUGCUCUCACUGCUGCGUCGGUUCAUGUUUGACUGCCUGUUGUUUGCAAGUGCCAGGGGUACUGUGUAUGGAAAUUUGCUUGCGAUGCCACGCUGCCUAGUUAGUGUGCCCCACCUUGGUACGGCAAGGACAUAUAUCCUUGCGGAUGGCUACCUCAACGCGCUCAAAGAAGCAAUUUGCGCGUGCCUGGUUCUGGGCGGCAAAGUCGACCUGACGUCGAGCUCGUUUCAGGCAAGUGCACGUGUUCCCUUGUUUGAUUCUAACUGCACCUGCUAAUGUAGCGUUAUGCGGAAGUACUGACGAUUAUGAUGAGGGAGGCUCUUCGCGACAUGUUUGAAUCCGAGUGGUGUUUACAUCGCUAAAAGAAGUGUAUCGCUUAGCAUUAAACUGAAAGUAUAAUACUCGUUCGCGCUACAUAAUUCUCGCACAGGCGCGGUAGCGCUGCAAACCUCGCGUUGCGCUUUUUUCGUUGCGGGGUGCUUUUCUCGUCGCGACGGUAGAUUGCAUUUUUACAUCGAAGCCGCGUAUCGCCAGACUCGUUAUGUGCUUUAGUGCGAAGGCGACCAGCAACGAGCAUUGUUGUCCAUGUCUCUUAUGUCGCCGCUUAGUUUUCGACUCUCCCAAAAUUUGCCUUGUCGCCUGGAGGUGCUGCUUAUACGGAGUGCGACUAGUCAGUCAGGCGCCCUCAGACCGUACACGCUUGCCCUUUGCCAUACAGCUGCUCCCCUUGCUCAGUCAUAGCGCGCGCGCGCGUGCAGCCUGUCAUCGCCACUGUACCACUGUCCGCCAUAUACAUAGAAUUACUUUUGCAGUGGCUGUGAAGCAUAGCAGAAAAAGAAAUAGCAUUGUGCAUGUCAGCAACUAAAGGCUAAAACAUUUCCUGUGAGCUACAUGUUAGCGCGCUCAAAGGUGUGAUGCGUGUCAUGCCCUGUACGAGCGCCUCAGUUACUGUGCCGAUUCGUUUUAAGUGCUUUGUGGAGGAUCGCUCGCCAAGCAAAUGCUUAUUAGUGCAUUUCGCUCAUAUGACAGCAAAUCCAGGGGCACAUUACUAGACUGUUUUCUAAUCCGAAAACAACAGUCCGCUGUUGCACAUUUACAGUGGUUUGCAGCACAUGAAGUAAUGGAGGCAGUUUACAGCCUUGUCGUGCAUAGAGAUUCCUCAGGUCUCUGCACGAUAUAAAAACCAGUUGUACUUUACCGCUUUCAGAUACUGGACAAGACGUUCGAUGAGUAUGUGGAUCUCUCUCCUGAGGACACUAUCCCAGACUUGUCGAAAAUUUUACUGCGCCCACAAGUGGACAGUGAGCAGCAGUGUGCGUCAACAUCGACUGAGCACAUUGCGGCGAGCAGUAUGGUGGCCAGUGGCAGCGACGAUCAUGAAAAUGGCCUUGGAAUUUCCUUCGAUCUGUUCCCAACUCGUACUUUCUAUUCAAGGGUGACCUCACUUUUGCUUGAGAAAUACCCGCAGCUGAAGGACGUAGUAGGAAGUGGAGCUGACUCCUGGAAGGUAGCCUUGCUCUACAGAUUCAAGAAUCAGCGAAGGGUUCUUCCGUGCGAUGGUCGCGAGGGGGCGAGAACCGUGCAAAGUUUGGGUCACGCAGGAAGGGCAGGGAAGAAACAGCCACGGUGGAGCUCCAGCGGCACAAAGUGCAAAAGAUGGAUGUUGCUAUCUCUACGAUAGCCGGAGAAGAAAAAAGUUUUGAAAUGCACACGGAGUGGCUCAGCUGUGAAUCGUGCAAAGGCUCUCCUGACGAGGAUCAAAUCAAUGAAAGGAUGGCCUCGACAUGGCGCCAAGAAAUUUCUGACGUCGCAACAAAUAGUAUUCAUGAGGCGAAGAGGAAGUACCCAUACAUGAUGAGCUUUGAGCGGUUUUGCAGUGACUUUGCAAGACUAACUAAGAUUGACCCUUCACCUUGUAUUGCAAAAGGAAUCAACAAAAUUGUGAAAAUGGCAGAAAUGAAACGCAUCCCUUGCGAAGCAAGUGUAAUGGUAUCACUUGAACUGGCUCGUGAGAUGUCACCGGAGAGGCUGCGAACACGACACGUCCUAACAGUUGCAGCACUUCGGAUACUGUCUUUCAAUGUCAAGGAAGUUGAUGGUCUGUCAUCUUUGUUUGUGCGAGAGGAGGACCCGAGCGUUCCUGCAACCCCUUGCAUCGUAUUUUCUGGAGCAGACGUUGUAGAGGCUGACCUUCUCCACAUCAAGGUGGACCGCGAGAAGCUGUUUGCGGUGAAAAAUGGGGAGGAGGGGCUGGCGGCUGUCUUAUCUGCUGACUGGCUCUUCAAUAUCCAGUACGACCGCAAGUUGUUCAACACUCUUGUCGUGUUGGAGCGCCUUUUCCUCGGGCUCACAUUGAGUGCCCCUAGAGUAGUGGCUACAAAGUUCUUGAACAAAGUCACCAAAAGUGAGCCAUGUUGAAUGUGCUGUUGGCCGUCUUGGCCGUAACAAUAUUGAAGUGGUAACAAACUUUUGACAACAAAGUGGUAACUUUUGAUAAAAGAAAUUUAAGUCUAGCAAACUUCCGUUGUGGAGCCAGUGGAGGCAAAUCAAGUAACCUAUGCAUUUCGGAAACAGAGUCAAUGCGAUAAUACCGGGAAAGAAUGAACCUUGCAGAUUUUUUCUAUAUCUUCUUAAUGCGAUUUAUUAAUCCUGAUUGAAACGGAUCUCAGAUGACACUGGCAUACUCUAACGUCGGUCUAAUGUAAGUUAAAUAUGCAAGUACUUUGAAGGGUGUGGUUGCCAGCUUUAAUUUUCGGCGAAGGAAGCAUAACUUUUUUUUUGCAGCUCCACAAGUUCUGUUUACGUGUGAUUUCCAACUUAAGUCUUUAGAAAUUGUUAAACUUGGGUAUUUUAUCGUUUCGGCUUCAGUUAGAAUCGUUGAGUUCAUCUCAUAAUUACGCUCAAUAACAUGCUUCCUUUUGUUUGUAACUCUGAGCAGGACUGAUUUAGAUUCGCUAAUUUUCAUUUUACUUCUUAUGGCCCAGACUUCUACAGCUUUAAGGGCUUGACUAAGUGACGCCUGGUCGUUUUGGUUAUUGAUUUCACGAUAUAAUAAACAGUCGCCUGCAAAUAACAGGAUGGUUAUGUCGUUAUUUAUGUGAUGAGCAAUAUCAUUUAUUUAAACUAGAAAAAGAAGCUGUCCUAGAACGGAUCCCUGUGGAACGCCUGAGGUUAUGUUUAAUUGGUUAGAUUUGUUACCAUUUAUAUCAGCGUAUUGUGUCCGAUCUGUAAGAUAUGAGCGGAUCCACAUAACAUAAUUUAUAUUCAUUUCCAUCAGUUUUUUUUAAUUAAUUCGUUAUGUACGACCAGAUCGAAAGCCUUCGAGCAAUCUAAAAAUAUAGCGUCGACCUGCUUUCUAUUGUUCAGUUGUAUUGUUCUAUUUCUAUUGUUCAUAUGUAUUCAUGUUGCAUUAAUUAUUGAUGUUCUUAAUAAAUUUACUUUGAUA